AAUUCGAAGGGCUAGAUGGGAAGUGAAAAUACGAGCGAAAGGCAAAAGUUAUCUUCCACAUCCCUAGUAGCCAGGGAAAAUAUGGCAGAAAAAAUUGUAGUCGAUAUUGCAGGAAGAAUUUUGCUGACUUUGGGGUCCGAUGCAAUUCAACAGUUUGGAUUAGCAUGGGGUUUCAAAGAGGAGCUGAAAAAGAUGGAGGGCGUGGUCUCCACCAUAACCAAUGCUCUUUUGGAUGCACAAGAGCAGCGGAUGAGCAACCGUGUUGUGAAAGGGUGGUUACAAAGGCUCAAACUCAUACUUUAUGAUGCUGAUGACUUGUUUGAUGAGGUUGCAACUGAGACUAGGAGAAGGGAAGUGGAAACUCGUAACAGCUGGGUGAGAAAGGUACGCUACUUCUUUAAAAGCUCAAAUCCACUUGUAUUUCAUUAUGUCAUGGGUUGCAAGUUGAAUAAUAUAGAGAAGAGGCUAGAUGAGAUUGUUAUACAGAUGCGUCAGUUUGAGUUUGUUGUGACACAAGUAGAAAGACCAAUCGAGGCAGAGACCGAAACCUGCCCCUCAGUGAAUACUCGGAGGAUUAUCGGAAGAGAAGGCGACAAAGAAAAAUUAGUACGCUUGUUAUUGUCCUCUGGUUAUGAGGAGAAUGUUCCCAUCAUUCCCAUAGUGGGAAUCGGAGGUCUAGGGAAGACCACACUUGCACAAUUGCUAUACGAUGACCAUAGGAUUAAGAAUCAUUUUACCAAAAGAUUGUGGGUGUGUAUCUCUAAUGAUUUUGAUAUCAAAAGAAUCCUACUGAAAAUAUUGCAAGCGGAUGGGGACAAUUGGCACAGUAGUUUUAGUAAGGAAGGACUUCAGCAGUUGCAAAAGCGAGUUACAAAAUUGUUAAGCGACGAUAAGUUUCUCCUUUUUCUGGACGACGUAUGGAAUGAAGACGUUUUAAAGUGGAAAAGAUUGGAGGAUUUGUUGAUAACAGGAGAAAGAGGAAGUAGAAUUGUUGUAACCACAUGCAGUGAGACGGUUGCUUUAAUUGUCAGCAACAUGGAACCAUAUAAACUUAGAGGUCUUUCAAACAAUGAAUGCUUAACAAUAUUGGUGAAAUUGGCGUUUAAAGAAGGAGAAGAGGAGAAUCAGGAGCACUUAGUCAACAUCGGCAAAGAAAUAGUGGAAAAGUGUGGCGGUGUACCUCUCGCAGUUGUGACCUUAGGAUCACUUUUAUUGGCAAAAAGAGACAAACGGGAUUGGCUGUAUGUGAGGAACAGUGAGAUGCGGGCUCUGGUACAAAGUGAGGAUGAUAUCUUACCCAUAUUGAAGUUGAGUUAUGACCAAAUGCCGCCAAAUUUAAAAAAUUGCUUUGCAUAUUGUUCAUUGUUUGAGAAAGAUGAAAUUAUCGAUGGAAAAAAGUUAGUAUAUGCUUGGAUGGCCCAAGGGUUUAUCCAAUGUUUAGACGGGGCCAAAGAAUUAGAAGAUAUAGGUGAAGGAUAUAUUCUCGAGCUGGUAAGGAGGUCAUUUCUUGAACCAUAUGAUGGACGGGCCAUGCCAGGAGGAAGGGAGCAUUAUAAAAUGCAUAAUCUUGUUCAUGACCUUGCACAAUAUGUGGCAGCACUGGCAGGUAAUGAAUACUUGACUAUUAAAGGGGCUCUAACCACAGAAAUCCCUGAUACGGUUCGGCAUGUAUCCUUUGAUGCAAGUAUAUAUUCCGAAUUUCCAAGACCUUUGGUUGAAGACAAGAAGUUGCGGACCAUUUUCUAUCCAAGGAAAACAGAGCCCAAGUUUGGAUCAUCUGUUGAAAUAGAAAGCGAGAGUUUUAGAUGCUUACGUUUGCUAGAUGGAUGUACCUUUGAAGAUGGGAUUUCGUCGCUAGAGAAGAUAGGGAAAUUGAAGCUCUUAAGGUAUCUUAGUUUUAAUGGAGUUGGCAAUCUCCCAAAGUCGCUUUGCAAGCUAUUAAACUUGCAAUACUUGGAUCUUUCUCUGUCGUCGGCCUUCAAAUGGCCUAAAGAUUUUGGGAAAUUAAUUGACCUACGGUUUUUGUGCUUGUCAACAAAAUUGAAGCGUCUGCCAGAAAAUGGAUUCUGUAGGUUAACUUCUCUCCGAACGCUGAUCAUUUUCCAUUGUGAGACUUUAAGGUCUUUGGAUGAAGGGAUAGAACAUCUCUCUUGUCUCCGGGAAUUGGCUGUAGAGUACUGUUUUAAGCUGGUUUCUUUGCCAGUUGGCCUUAGGGAGCUCACUUCCCUCGAGCGUUUGGAAAUAAGCUUUUGUCCCUCACUUAACUUGUCGGAUGACGAUGACUUAAAGGGGCUUAUAAGCCUUAAGAAACUGAAAUUAGGAAAUCUCCCGACAUUGGUGAGUUUGCCCAAGGGGCUUUUGGAUGCUGCUUCUACACUCACUCAUUUGGAAAUUGAAUUCUGUUCGGACUUCACUUCACCAUCAGAGUCCGUCCUCCCAAAUCUCAUAUCACUUGAAUCACUUAUAAUUUGGCAUUGUUACAAGGUUGGGACCCUGCCAGAUGGGAUGCGAUGCCUCACUAAGCUACAGAAUGUGAGAAUUGUCGGAUGCUAUAUCUUCAGCGCCAAAUACGAAGAACGAGGAGAGGAAUGGCGAAAGAUCAACCACGUACCUAAAGUUGAAGUUUUUUAGAUGAACUAUUCAGAGCAUUUCAGACCCAACGCAAUCAAUAAUCACAGGUACAAUUUGUGCUCUCUUUUGUAAAUUUAGGUUCUACACCAGCAAGAUUUUACGUGCUCAGAGAUUCGGGUUUUUCAGUUUGGAGGGCCAAGAGACUAGCAACAUGCUCUCUCUCUCUCUCUCUCUCUCUCUCUCUCUCUCUCUCUCUCUCUCUCUCUCUCUCUCUCUCCAAUUAACAUAACAAUGCUAGUGCAAUUCUUUUUUCUC